UCUGUGGAUGAGUGUCAUUGUGUCAGAGACGCAGAAGGACAGAAUUCCUCUGUGAUCCAAAUACACUCCUAUUCUACAGGAGCUGGGGAAUACAGGGAGUUCAGUCUCUUUAUAAUUGUGCCAGAAUUAGUAACUAGAUAAAGAACAUAAACAUUUCCAGGAUUGAUCGUUAAAUCCAAAUCUACUUUCUCCACCCCGUCCCUUCCUGCUGAUGCUUUUAUAUGACACAGAUAUUUCCACCACUUGACUUGACCUCCCAGUAACAGCGUCCACUCACGCUAAGCUGAUUGGCUGGUCUUAGCUUGGCCAGCUGGUCUCCCAGCCUGACCAGCUAAAGAAGUGGCCAAAACCCAGCCUAAAACCAGCCAACCAGCUUAGGCUGGUUUUAGCUGGUUUUUUUUUUUCAGCAGUAUGUUCUUUGUGCUCGAAGAGACACACCUUUUGACAAACACACACACCUUUUUGCACACGUCUCAAAACAGGAAAUUUAGUUAAGAGAAACUGAAACUUAUGUGUUGUUCCAGCUGUUGUCUGUAUCUGUGUGUAUGUGGAGGAACAUGGCAGAAACCAGUAUUUCAGUGGAUGAGGAUCAGUUCAGCUGUCCGAUAUGUUUGGAUCUACUGAAGGAUCCAGUGACCAUCCCCUGUGGACACAGUUACUGUAUGAACUGCAUUACAGACUACUGGAAUAAAGAUGAUCAGAGGAGAGUUUACAGCUGCCCUGAGUGCAGACAGACCUUCACUCCAAGACCUGCUUUAAACAAGAAUGUGAUGCUGGCUGAAAUGGUGGACAACCUGAAGAAGACAAGAACUGCUCUCGUUUACGCUGGACCUGGAGAUGUGGAGUGUGACGCCUGUACUGCAAGAAAACGCAAAGCUGUAAAGUCCUGUCUGAUGUGUCUGGAAUCAUACUGUCAAAGUCAUUUUGAGUGUCAUGAGGAAUCUCGUAUAAGGAAACGACACAAAGUGACUGAUGCCACUGGACGAAUCCAGGAAAGUCUCUGCUCUCAACAUGACAGACUGCUGGAGGUUUUUUGUCGUACUGACCAGAAGUGUAUUUGUUUGAUGUGUCUGAUGGAUGACCAUAAACAUCACGAUACUGUUUCGGCUGAAGCAGAGAGGACAGAGAAACAGAAACAGGUUGGAGAGAAAGUAAUAAUUAUACAGAAGAAAAUCCAAGAGAGACAAACAGAGCUUCGGAAGCUGAGAAAGUCUGUGCAGAGUCACAAGAGCUCUGCACAGGCAGCAGUGGAGGACAGUGAGAGGAUCUUUACUGAACUGAUCCGCUCCAUUGAAAGAAGCCACUCUGAGGUGACACAGAUGAUCAGAGAUCGAGAAAAGGCUGAAGUGAGUCGAGCUGAAGGACUCUUAGAGCAACUGCAGCAGGAGAUCGAUGAUCUGAAGAGGAGAGACGCUGAGCUGAAGCAGCUUUCACACACAGACGAUCACAUCUAUUUCCUACAGAGUUUCCCGUUUCUUUCUGUUCCUCCUGCAUCUUCAGACAGCACCACUGUCAGUUCUCUGCUCACGUAUGAUGAUGUGAGAAGCUCUGUCUCUGUAAUAAGUAGGAAAUUCGAGAAUUUCUGCAGAGAGGAGAUAGAAAAGAUACCUGGUGGAGUGAAAUACAGUAUCAUUCCCAAUAUCAAAAUCCUCACACCCAUCACUGAACCCAAAACAAGAGAGGACUUCUUACACUAUUACCAUCAGUUUACUCUGGAUUCAGAGUCAGUGCAUAAAAACCUCUGUCUGUCUGAGGAGAACAGAGUGGCUGCUUGCACUGCUACAUUGCAGCCGUAUCCUGAUCAUCCAGACAGAUUUGAUGUUUGGCCUCAGGUGUUGUGUAGAGAGAGUGUGUGUGGACGCUGUUACUGGGAGGUGGAGUGGAGUGGGACUCGUGGUGUGGGAAUAUCAGUGUCAUAUAAGAGCAUCAGCAGGAAGGGACGGGAUAAUGAGAGCAAAUUUGGAUAUAAUGAUCAGUCCUGGAGAUUGUUCUGCUCUCGCUCUGUAUAUUUAUUUAGUUACAAUAACAAAAAAUCUGAACUCCCUGUAUUCUUCUGCUCCUGUAGAAUAGGAGUGUAUGUGGAUCACAGAGCAGGAAUUCUGUCCUUCUACAGCGUCUCUGACACAAUGACCCUCAUCCACAGAGUCCAGACCACAUUCACUCAGCCUCUCUAUCCUGGGUUUGGCAUAACUCAGGACUCAACAGUGAAAUUGUGUCAUUUAGCAGUAUAGAUAAAGUAGAGCUUCUACAAAUCAUCACAAUAUGACAGUUAUGGAGCAUAUGUUAUGGAGUAAGAAUAUUUUAAUAAUACUUAAUUGUAGUGUACAAAUAAGUAAUGAGAGUAACAUUAUAUCAGUUGACUGUGUAUCAUUUUGCAUUUUUAUGCAAGAAGUUUAACAUUAAAUAUCACAUGCAACUUCAAUUCGCCCUGAGCCUUUUGCAACAUUUCUUUAAAUACAAGACAAGACAUCCUCCAAAUGGAGGCUAACAACUGCAGUUUGCAUUGAUGCAGAUCCCACACCUGGA